AUGACAAAAGAACGUAUACGGAGAUUUGAAUAUACAGCCAAAUAUCAAUCACUGGAACAGAAGGUCACUUUUGAUACACAAAUCCCGCUUUCAGAUGAAACUACGGUUGAUGAGAUUAUUUCGCACAUUUGUGUGAAGAAUAAUGUCUUACCACUUUUUCAUCAAGAUAUUGCCAAUGCAUUUCAUCUUUUUAUUGAUGAGGAAACAUGGAAGUAUGAGGUGGAACUUGGUGAUGCAGUUAUUCAUGCAUUCUUGGAUGAAGCAGACAAUGCUGACGACGCAUCGCAAGUUCAUGAUUUAGAGUCAACGAAUACUGCGGAAUCUUUUGAAGCUGUUGAGUUUGCUAAACAAUUUCAAUUUAUUAUGCAGAACUCAUCGUCUGAAUGCUUGAAUUUACUCAUUGACUGGGAAAGAAAAAUGGAAAAUGAAAUGUCUUCAUUAGUAAGUGCACGAGAUUUUGAACUUGAUAGAAUGUAUCAAAAAUGCGAACAAGCUGUUUGUGCCAGUACUGAACAUAAUGAUCAAAAUCUACCCGAAAGUGGACAACAUUUGAGUUAUUUGAAUGAACAAAUUCGUGAAAUUAGCAACAAUUAUGCUCACCAAAUCCGUACUUUAGCAUCACAACAUCGUGGUUUUUAUCGAAAACUGGUUAAAAGUUUAUAUGAACAUAAUGAACUUCCAACUGGAGCAGAAUCUGUUUUUUCACGUGAUACACCCCUGGUUACGAGGUCUAUAUCAGAGGCAUCUAAUUGUGAUUCGGUCAGAUCAACUCCCUCUACUCUGGAUGAAAGUUUUACGAUCUAUUUAGGUGCCCAGUUGAAAACAAUGCACAAUGCUCGUGUAAUGACAACUGCAAAUUUAACCGAUAUUUGUCGACCUCCAUUAAUCUUUGAAGAUGAUGUUUUGUCUACUAAGCGGUUGCAAAUGAAUCUAAGCUUGUAUGGACGAGGUUUAAGUAGUUUGGUGCUUCUCGUAAAAAGUGAUCCUAUGUUUCACAUCAAUGAAAAAACAGAAUUCUGUAGAUUGUGUGAACGUUCUACUGAACUUCAUUUUGAGUCUCUUGAAGAUCAACUGAAGCACUUAUUACCACUAACUUCGGAAGUUAGAAAAGACAGAAAUCGUAUGACAGGUACUGAUACAGAUAAUGAUGAAUCAGCGCUUCCAGUUGGUAGCUUUUACGUUACUCGGCAUUCCAACCUUUCUUCUAUCCAGGUUAUCUAUCAUUUAGUUGUUGAUCAGUCAUUGGAAAAUAGUGAAAUUUCUAGUAGACAUCCAUGUAUUAAUGGUUUACGAAAUGCAAUAAGACUUUCAGCUAAAAAUGGCGUGACCACGUUUACAAUACCACUGUUACUUGUUGAGAAAGCUAAAGAACAUAUGACUUCAAGCUGGUGUGCAAAACGAGCUGAACUAAUUUUCAAAUGUGUGAAAGGAUUCAUGAUGGAAUCAUGCUUAGGGUCUUCGGUUGCUGGUGGUGGCCCUCCUACAUCAACGACGCAUUUUAAUGUAAAUUUCGCUUUACCUGAGAAUUUACAGAAGGCUGUUUACAGUGAAAUUCUUGAAUUGUUUCCGACAAUAUUUCACUUAGUUCCAUCAGUUUUCAUGUAA